GUAGUGAGCCUCUGGAGCGAACAACCAGCCGAGCCCCCCGGGAAAAACGUGGACAAUGUCUCUGAUCUCCUCCCGCCAGUCCCGCAUGGCUUGAUUGCGCGCUCUGCUCGACAGCCUCAACACCACUUAGCAGUAGCCAUCGCGGCUGUUGCUGUUGCUGCUGCUGCUCCUCCUCACCUCGGCCAUGGCCCAACCAGUACCCCGCGAUGAGGCCUACCAGGCCGAGGCUGCGUCAGCCGACCGCGCCGACGACAUUGCGACACCGCCGGCGGCCGCGACAGCAGCGAUACGGAGGCCACGGACGGCGACCAACACGGCCGAGAUUGACAGCACCAUCCACCAUCCCGGCUCUGUCCGCAUCAACGUCAAGGGCGCCUUCAUCGUCGACGGCAACGAGCCCGGCACUCCCGCCGCGACGACGUCGACCUCUGCGACCCCGUCGAUCCUCGGCGACAGCCCGGGCCUCCCUGCCCACCACCUCGGCAGCAAUGGCAGCAGCGGCUUCCACGAGACAAAGGACAUCCGCCUGCCGAACCACACGGCCGUGGUGAGCCACAUUGCCGUCGACAUCGGCGGCUCCCUCGCCAAGCUGGUCUACUUCUCCCGCGAGGCGCACUCGCGGGAGCCCGGCGGCAGGCUCAACUUCCUGUCCUUCGAGACGGACCACAUCGACGACUGCAUAGAGUUCAUGCACCACCUCAAGGACAAGCAGCUCGCGCUCAAUGGCUCGGCGCCCUCGGACCUGUGUGUCAUGGCCACCGGCGGCGGCUCGUACAAGUACUACGACCGGAUACGGAAGCGGCUGGGGAUAGAUGUGCACCGCGAGGAGGAGAUGGAGUGCCUGAUCAUAGGUCUCGACUUCUUCAUCACCGAAAUCCCUCGCGAGGUGUUUACAUACUCGGAGACGGACCCGAUGCACUUUGCCGAGCCAGACGAGAACAUAUACCCUUACAUGCUGGUCAACAUUGGCUCGGGCGUGAGCAUACUCAAGGUGUCCGGGCCGCGGACAUAUGAGCGCGUCGGCGGCACGUCGCUGGGAGGCGGGACGCUGUGGGGGCUCCUCUCGCUGCUGACGGGCGCCGAGAACUUUGACGAGAUGCUCGACAUGGCGGCGCACGGGGACAACACGAAGGUUGACAUGCUCGUGGGAGACAUCUACGGCACCGACUACGGCAAGAUUGGGCUCAAGACCACGACGAUUGCCAGCUCUUUCGGCAAGGUCUUCCGGAUGAAGCGCGAGGCUGGCAACGACGCGGAGGAUAGUGGAGGUUAUACAGAUAGAGAUGAGACUCAGAACACAUCACGACAAGAAACACAAACACCGCAAGAGACGCCACCGUCACAAACAUCAUCCCACCCGCAACCCGCAGCAACAUCGCAAGACUGGGCAUACCCGUCUCCAACGCCAGCACCUGCGCCCGCGAGCCUGCAGCCGCCUGCCGCUGCCAGCACCACCACCAGCACCACUGAUACGCAGGAAUGGGCAUACCCGUCACCAGCACCGCCCCUCAAGUCGAGCACGGCCGGCGCCGACCAGCAGCCCGACGACGGGUCCGGCAAGCGCUUCUCGAGCGCCGACAUCUCGCGCUCCCUGCUGUUCGCCAUCAGCAACAACAUCGGCCAGAUCGCGUACCUGCAGUCGCGCGUGCACAACCUCAACCACAUCUACUUUGGCGGCUCCUUCAUCCGCGGGCACCCGCAGACCAUGAACACGCUCUCGUACGCCAUCAAGUUCUGGUCAAAGGGGUCCAAGCAGGCCUACUUCCUCCGCCACGAGGGCUACCUCGGCGCCGUGGGCGCCUUUCUCAAGCGGCAGCCCCGCAACUGGGGCCGGAGGGGCAGCUUCGAGGAAGGAGGAGGCCAGGCGGGGGGGCUGGAGGCGAGGAUGCGGGGCAGGACGGAUGCCACUGGCGGCGGCGACUCGGCGAGCUCGUCUGGUGCUGCUGCUGCUGCUGCUGCUGCUGCUUCUUCUUCUUCUUCGGGUGGAGUGACGGCCGGGGGGGCGGCAGCCGGCGCGAAUGUGGAGGAGGCAGUUGAGUGAAUAUGGAGGGCCCUAAAGUGGAUGAGCUUGUGCGUCGAUCAGCCGUGCAGGAUGAUGGGGAAACACAGGCGGACUUGUUUUUUUGCCAGGCUCGACGUGUCAAAACGGAAGGGAGUCUCGACAUUUCUGUGUUCUGGGGGACACCCAAGCAACGAAUUGUAAGCAAUUGUUAGGGGGCGCGGUAUAUGCUAGUAGAGACAAACAAGCGAAUUGGAUACCCAUUAGUUGUUUCUCUUGCCAACUUGAGAUGCAUGAUUCAUUUUCUCCUGUCCCAGACGAAUCUAGAGUAAAUUUCCGCUUGUCG